GUUCCUACAGCCUCAUUUGCGUCGAGAGGCGUCGCGUUCCAUAUCUCCCUUCGGAUAUCCUCCGCCUCACCCCUGGCAACAAGAACCCUGCCUCCCAUGGCAUCGUCCUCCCUCGGCACCUCAGAUCGGCCGGGAGAGUCCAGUGAAAACUUCGACACCAACACGCCAAUUGUGAACCCUUGCAUCUUAAGCAGUAUUGGACUAUCAUCCUCGCCCCAUUUUUUGGGUGGGAUGGGCGGGCACCGCUCUCGCUCGAGGUCGCGUAGCUCCUCUCGACGCACGGGCAGCGCCGACGGACAUGGCUCCCACUCUCGCCAUCGGGACCGGGGUCGGGAGCGUGACGACCGGAGAGAGCGUCGGCGCCAUGGCUCACGCGAGAGGGACCGAUCGAGAAGUCGGGAGGGAAAGCGGAGCAGUGCAAGGGACGGGGCAGGUGGGAAGAGGGGUCGGAGUCGGAGCGAAGAGGGGAGAAGCAGGCACCGGCAUGCGCUGGAGAACCAUCCUCGCAGAGAGAAACGGGGGGAGGCGGGCGAGGGCCGCGCUGCCAAGUCGUCCAUUCAGGCGAAGGAUACACGGAGGAAAGACGAUGGCGGCGAAGGUCUAGCCGGCAGGAGGAAAGAAGGGAGGGACGAGGGUCAGGGUGGGAAGGAGAGGGUGGGCGGGCGAGGGAACGGCCACGGGAUGGGCGGGGAGCGUGGCGGUGGAAGCCGAGACGGCCAGGUGGAGAGGGAGGGCGACGUGGAGGCGCGAGGGGGGGAGACAGCAGUAAGGAAGGAGACAGAGGUGCAGGAAGAGGAGGACUUUUUGGAUCUAGACCAGGAGAGUCUGCGCAUGAUGAUGCUGGCCGGGGGGGGAACGGGGGAGGACGAUGAGGAUGACGAGGAGCGGAUGAUAGCAGAGCGCAAGCGGAAGAGGGAAGAGAUCGAGGCUCUGCACCGAGGGAAGCACUCAUGGGCGG